AUGGUUGCCAGUGGCAAGAAGGCCAAGGCCAAGGAUAAGAAUGGCAAGGCCGGAGCAAAGCAGAAGAUUAAGAAGGGGAAAGGCCCUGAAGUGACCGACAACCAGACAACUACGAUUGAAUCUCCUGCUCCUACCAGCCCAGAACUCCCGGCACAGGAUCAAGAAGAACAAAAACAGCCCGAGCCUGUGGUUGAACAGAACCCGCCUGUGGAGGCUAAGGAGCCAUCAAUCUCAGCAGCCGGCCAUGACGAGUGUGGUACUGCGCCGCUAGCCAGUCCCGACUCCAACUCGAAUCAACAACCCCUCGUCACGGACACCCAGCCUGACAACGAACCCUCCGAGCAGCACGUCUUGACCCAACCAGACUCGUCUGAGUCGUCUGGUGAAUGUGCUGAAGAAACGCAAACACCUAACGAGCAAAGCACUCCAGCCCAACAGAAACCAUCAGCAGAGGCAAAAGAGCCACCAACCCCUCCAGCCGAGCCCAAAGAGAGAACGCCAGUUGCAUCACCGAUUGCUCCAUUCUCCCCAGUCCCGGCUCUGGUGCCAUUGCCAUCGCCAUCGCUGACCGAGGCACGGUUUAUGUCAAGUCCUCCACCAGAGAAUCUUUUCUAUCAUCCUGUGUCGCCUGGGUUUAUGCCAUACGCCUCACCAGUGCCCAAAGUCAGCAGUCCACUUGCCCGUACUCAUAUUCCUUAUAUGUCGCCAACCAUGUCGCCAACCGCAACUCCUCCACCACCGGCCCCAGCAGCCCCGCCAAUGUCAAUGGCUUAUGCGGCACCACCAUCAACGGCCCCGAGCUUUGCAACUGCGGUUAAUUCUCCAGUGAUGAGCUCUGCGGGGGUUGUACCCCCAUAUGCCCCCUAUGUGCGCCAUCCGCCGCCAGAGCCACAUUUCAUGUCCCGCAGCUACAGUAUUCCAGACCCAUCUUAUGCCGCGUCAUUCCAAGCUAUCCGAGAGCUAUCGAUGAAUCAUGGUCAGCCACAUGAGAAUGGGACUAUGUCGCCCCCGGAAAAUGACAAUGAACACAUUGAACUUCUUCAAAGAAUUCAAUCUGCAAUUCCGGACAUUAAUCGUUUACUGAAUGGGUUUAAAACUACUCACACCAAGCUGUCAAGUCGCGAGGCAGAGAUGAAGCAGAUCGGGAAUCAACAUGAACAAGCUCUAAUGCACAAGGACUUCUACAUCGAAGCCCUGCAAGCUCAAAUGAAGAAGACGGCCAACGAGAGUGCCGAAGAGUGCGCCAAGCUAAAGAACACGAUCAACGAGCUUCGACUCGAGCUCGGAAACCUGCAAGAAAAGCAGAAGGAUCUUGAAGAUGGCUUGGCGGUCCAUCAAAAGUCCAACGAGGAGCUCUCGCAGACCAAGGUCGAGCUUGAGGAACAGAUCAGCACGUUAAACACCAACAUCCAAGACGCCCGCGAUGCCCACGAGAAAGACCAGGAAAAGCAAAAGGAGGAGCACACUCAAGCUCUUGCGGCACAGAAGCAGGAGCUGACGGAACUGUUUGAAGAAAUCAAGAACGAGGACGAGAAGGCGGCCGCCGAGACGCUGGAAACGCGCGAGAAGGAAUUGGUUGAUCAACACCAGUCCAGCAAGAAUGGAUGGGACCAGGAGAAGACCAGUCUCCAGGAGCUACUGGAGACCGAGCGCAGCCAACUCGAGGCUAUUAAGGCCGAGCUGGCAUCGAAAAUCAAUACGCUGGAAUCCAAGGAGGCCGAGCUGGCCGAGAAGCUGGCCGAACUCGGCUCGAUUCGCGACGAGCUGGCAGCCAAGCUAGCGGAGCUGGAGGAAAAACAAAAGGAAAUGGAAAGCUUGCGACACUCCCACGACGAACAACUUGCUGCAGCCGCCAAAGAACUCGACGAAAAAAUCGCCGCGUUGGAAGCGCACUUCAGCGAGAAAGAACAACACUGGGCUGAGGAGCGGGCCGCCUUGGAAAGACAACUUGCCGACAAAAACAGCGAACUCUCUAGCUCGGAGCGAGAGAAGGAGAGGCUCGAGGGAGAUGGAGUCGUCAAGGAGCAGCAACUACAACGUGCAGUGGAUGAGAUGCGAUCGACGAUUGACCAUCUGGACCACGACUGCGACAGGCUGAGGAAAACCCUGCACAGCCUGGGGAGGCCACUGACCUCAAGAGCACCAAGGGCGAUCAAUUCUUCACCUCUUUUCUUCUUUUUUAGUCUGGACUGUUUCACGCAGCUCUCGCAUCUGAUCCACGAUCUUGCCAAAGAGCAUUUCGCAUACCUCCCGAUCGACCCUCCCAAAGACAUCCUAUCCAAGAUUCCGGCAGAGCUACCAUACUUCCUGGACAACACGCCAGCAUCGCGCGAGUUGCGCUGCGCGUACGUCGAGCACGUCGUAUCCAAGACGCUGACCUACCGGGUGUUUCAGCCCUUCCUGUUCACCCUGGGCCGGCGGUACGACAAGGCAGACACGUUCUUCCAAAUGCUGUCGAUGGACAUCCGACGUAAAUCAGUGCGGCGCGAAGCGUUUUGGCGACAGCAGACCCUCAAAGCCGCCUACACCACCUCCGACGCCAAGCAAUCGAUCAACGUCGCCGCCGCGGUGAUCGUCGACGAGAUCAUCGACCAUAUCAAACACUUUGCCGAUCCGAAGCACCUGGACUCGCUCCUGACCGGCGUCCGAAAGAUCGUCAAACUCGCCGCCGAAACCUGGCGCCACGCCCGGGUUGAGCGCGAGCUUGUGCUCGCCAUGUUUCCGGCCCCGGAUGCGGAGAGCGUGUCCAACGAGGGAUGGCUCGAGUAUGGAGUGAUGAAAGAGGCUCCCUCGGCCCCCACGGCCGAUCCCAGUCGUCACGUCGUGCUCCGCACCUUCCCGCGCGUUUUGCGAGAGGCCGCCCAUGAGGACUUUGCCAGUGGUAAGGAGCGAGCUAGCCAAUGCAUCUAUUCGCCUGGUAUUGUCCUCUACUCGGAUUCUGCGGUAGUCUUGGCGCGACUCCAGGAACUGGCUAAGACGUCUACGGACACGCUCGUUGCUGAGGAUAGCCCGGCUAAGCCAUUGAAGAAUUCUCGGGAAAGUCUGGCUCUCAAGGGGAUUGAGAAACUUGCUGCACCGACCAAGCUGGUGGUUCAGUCGGCACCCACGAGUCCGAGUGCCAAGGGCCCAUUGCUGCGGACGUGA